CGAAAGUCACAAGUUAUGUUACCUUAGGCAUUCUGGUGAAAGUGAGAGGCAUGCGACGAAAUUGCAGCUCUCGGAAGCUUGCCUUGCCGAAGGAAGUAGGUCGCCUUUCCAAACAGAAUGCCGGUGCCUACGAGUACACCUGAGCAAGGUUGUAAAUCCUACCGUGCUGCGCAUAGUGUUCUUUGCUUGGCGAACAGAUAUAAGAACUCAUGUCUGCCUUGUAGAGAAUGUUAUCGAAGUCGCAGUGUUGAGCUAAUAUGUUAGCUUCUGAUAGCAAGGCAACGCUCUUGCGUCCAGCGGGGUACAACGAGAGACGAUACAUCACUCGCCAGUCUUUGGGUUACUACCGUACACUCGCGAUUGGCGGGAUUUAUACCGUCGACCAGGCUUCGGCUACAAAGAUCUCCCAGCAAACAUUCGUCCCGGCUUUGAAGCAUUGCGUAGCGACACAUCCACUUUUGAGUGCUACCAUUGAGGGUCAAGAUACCGAGUCGCCCAGUUUCGCCAGGCCAAAAACACUCGACCUGCAUAACCAUGUUGAGAUUCUGUGUACGGAUGAUCUAGGAAGCGGAGCCGCGGACCUCUCAGAGAAGGACUUGAUUCAUCGCGUCACAAAUCGCACACUCGACUUCGAGUUCUCAGAUGUGGAGAUCACACCUCCCUGGAAAAUUGUCGUGUUUCUCCUGCCUAGUCAAGAUGGUGCCCAGAGAUUGUUCGUUUUGUUUGCGUACUAUCAUUCUCAUGGCGACGGAAAAUCUGCUCUGGCAUUUCACAAGACAUUCCUGCAAGGCCUCAAUCGGGAGAGCAAUGUCAAUGGAAACUUCAUAUGCGAAACACCAACGACCUCUCUACCUCCCACAAUAGAGCAAGCUGGCAAGUUAUCCAUUUCUUGGUCCUACCUACUCAGCCCUCUGUUUGGCGCAUAUCUUCCUGAAGCUGUCGCCAAAUUGCUCGGUCUGCGUGGUUCUACUACGCCCAAAUCUGCCUAUGCUUGGACAGGCAGGAGAGUUCCUUUCGAUCAUGGCACUUUCAGCACUGGACUCGAGUUCUUUAGUGUGCCUCAUCAAACCAUGGACGCAGCUUUGCGACUCUGCAGAGCACAUGAUGUCAAGUUCACAGGUCUUCUACACCAGCUCAUUGUGAGAGCACUGAGUGAAGCGCUACCUGGCAGUCCUACUAUCGGAAGCUUCGUAGCAUCAACAGUCGUGGAUCUGCGUCCUUUGCUUAACGGCAUUGGCCCAAAUGACAUGUCUUGUCCUGGCCCCACCGCAGCCUUCGAGCUCUUCAGUCGCAGUAAACCCACAGAUUGGAACAACUGGACUCAACCCCAAAGUGACAGUCCUAUCUGGACCGUAGCUGGCCAAACUACAAAAGACGUUGCCAAAUGUGCCAGCACCCUGCACGAUCAACCCAUCGGUCUACUAUCCUAUCUCAGCAAAUUCCGCCCUUGGAUGCAAGGGGAAGCCGAGAAAGACCGAGAUACCUCGUACGAGAUCAGCAAUCUUGGUGUUUUUGAUCCCACUGCAGGCUCCCAGAAAGGUGCUUGGGAUGUUGAGUCCAUGUUCUUUGCUCAGCCGGCCAACCUUUUGGGAGGUUGUCUUGCCUUUAGUGUUGUCACGAGGAAAGGAGGAGAUAUGACGGUCUCUGUGACUUGGCAAGAAAGGACGCUUGGUGUGGAAGAAGAACAAGCGUUUGUGGCUCGUAUAUGUCAGCUUAUCACACAGUACUUGGGGGAGAUUGCUUAAGACCACGGUGUCUUCAGAAGAAAUGAUUGGAAAUAGGUGCUAAUGCAAGAGGUAAUGUUUAAUAAGAUGACCUUGACGAAAAAAUAAGCUAGUUGGCAUUGUGUGGUUUGAGCAAUUUGUUGUACAGUACAAUGACUUCUGCCAGAGCGG